AUGAUUCUGGUGAAGAAUAGUUAUAAAUUUUACUUUAUACUUUAUUCAACUUUAACCAUUUUAUUAUUUAUUCCAAAUACGAAUGCUCUGAUUUGUUACAAAUGCAAUAAUUGCCCACAUCCUUUUGACGCCAACGCCCCGGGAGUUACAGAAGUAACUGCUGAACGCGGUGAAGUAUGCGGGAAAUUAUCGAUUGGUCCUAUUAUAAAUAAAGGUCUGUUUACGGUUUGUGUGGGUGGCCUAAAUCACUGCGAGCUUGACUCAAUACCUGGUACCGGAGGCGCGGGGGGCGUAUGCUGCUGUAAUGACAGAGAUUUAUGUAAUGGUUUACCAUCAAUUCAACCAUGUUCAAUAUUGACUGUUGCCGCUAUAGUGGUAGCAUUUUGUCUGUAUCUUAAUUAA